UGAGCAGUGAAAUUGCAGGGGAAUGAUCUAUACACUAAAACUGCUUUAUUUAGCUAAAGUAAUUUAGGUGACUAUAGUGUGACUUUAAAAAAAAAAAAGUGCAUUUUUUUCUCAGGAGCUGACUUAAUUUUUUUCUGUACCCCCAGAUCUUUAUGUUCCAGUUACUUCGUGGUCUGUCUUACUGUCAUCGCAAGAAGAUUCUGCACAGAGACCUUAAACCACAAAACCUCCUAAUUAACGAAAAAGGAGAGCUGAAGCUGGCAGAUUUUGGUGUGUAUAUUCUUGCUCUUUUUUGAGCACAAAACUCAGAGAUCUGUGUGGAUGGCCCUGCUCAAAAAGAGCAUGCAAUAUAUAAGUAGAUAAUACAGUACAAUAUACACACUACUCAAGAUAAUAACUGUAGUGAGAUGUAUACAGAUACUUAACUUAAUUAUUACAGCCUCCCAAGAUCGUUACCCAGAGAAAACGACCUAUUAACAUAGAUAACCACAAGCAACACAGAACUUCGGGAUACGGCUGGACAGUUAAUCUAAAAGAAACACAAAAAAUAUACACAAAAUAGUGAAGUACAAUUAACACAUGGUUUUCCGCUGAAUACAAAUGCACUCACAGAAUGAAGUAGAAUAUAUCGCUCAUAGGGUGCCUCCCCUAGUGGAAUGGGGGGUUGGUAAUCCCUUGGCUCCUUCUUAGGCUUCCUUAAUGAUGCUCAGGACUCCAAACAGGUAAUGGUAGAAAAAAGAUGUAUUUAUUGAUAAAAGGUGAGUAUUCACCAUCAGUAUAAGGUAUAAUAAAAAACGGUAUGGUCCUACGCGUUUCGUUCUGCAAAGAACUUCAUCAGGGACCGUAUAUAAAGAAUAAAAUCAAUAUACAAUUACAGUAUAUAAAAAAACAUCCUAUUCCCCCCAUCCCUGUGUCCUCUUUAAAUAGGGUUAAUCCCCAUGUUCAUUGGUGGUUCCGUGGGUGGUAUCCAGUAUCUGCUAUUCAAUUGGUUCUGGGAAGGAGCUGUUCAGCUGUUUUUCAUCCUCCCUGUGUUACUGUAAUCAAUUUUGGCGCGUUCGGGCGACCGGAACCGGAAGUGGGAAAUGAAUCGCACUUCCGCGUUCCACUUGCGUUCCACAUGCGUUCCACCCGCGGCUGAAAUGCGUUCCACCUUCAUUGUGCCUCAAUGUAAAUAUAUGAUCAGGAAAAAAACAAUAAAAAUACAAUAUAUUCUAUCUGCUGAAGAAAAAAGCAAUAUUAGUAACCUUAUUUACUUAAUAUAAUCAAUCACCAUUAGGUUAUUAUAAUUAAACCGUAUCACACUGUAUUUCUUAAAGUGAAAGGUGCAUUCAAAGUGCACAAUAUAUAUAAUACAUGUACUCCUAUUAUCAACAAAAACAUUAUAUUUCAAGUGUACCAUGCAUGAUUAAACUAUAUGAUAUAUAUCAAUAUCCAUUAAUUAUUAGUAAAUGGUUCAUACCAUAAGAAUUUUUUAAAGAAUAACAUAACAUAAAAAAAUAUAUAUAGAAAUUAUAAUUAAAAAAAGCUAAAUUUUAUAGUGUUCCUAUAGAAAAUCUCCAAUAUUAAGUGGAGUUACACAUAUAUCUAAUAUCCCAAGUGGUUGUGUUUUGCCCAUUGAUUAAUAAAUGUAUACAGGACAAUUUAGCCAUAUAUUUACUUUUAUAUAACCCAUAUGGAGGAGGAAAGGUUGUAUUUUAGUCAGAAUCAACAUCAUUCAUAGAAUAAUGAUGUAUAAGGAAAUGAAUGUAUGUAUAAAUAAAAAUCAAUUUUGGAUUCUAAUCCAAAAAACAAACUAAAUCAAUACCAAUAUUGAGGCCCCUCGGUUCUAGAGUAUUUAACCGGUGUAUCCAGAAAGUCUCCCUUUGGGAUAGUUUCUGGAUUCUAUCACCCCUUCGCCAGAAUGGAAAAACUCUUUCAAUGCCCAUAAAGAUAAAAUCCCGAAAAGUAAAUAAUGGGCAAUUAGAACAAUGGGCCGAAACUGAAUGAGUUUGGAGUUUCUUCUUGAUGUUAUUCAGAUGUUCAAGUAUUCUGACCUUUAGAAUCCUCUUUGUACGCCCCACAUAUUGUUUGCCACAGGGACACUGUAGUAAAUAAACCACAUAGUCCGAGUGGCAACUAAUUUCAGAUUUCACCUUGAAUGUUUCCCCUGUGACGUUACUAUGGAACAACUGUAUUUUGGACAAUGAUGUAGUGAUACAGGCCUUACAGAUUCCACAGCCUCUAAAAAAACCACUAGUAGGAGAAGAAUGGAUAUUAGGAGGUUUAAUAGCGUAGCUAGGAGCCAGUAGGUUCUUAAGAUUCUUAUUCUUUUUAUAGAUCACCAUAGGGCGAUCCGAUAAAGACUCUCCCAAAACUGGGUCCUGGAGUAGAAUGGGCCAGAAAUCCUGCAAACUUUUUUUGAUUUUAUGAUGAUCGGUAUUGUAUUGAGUUAUAAAAGAUGAUUUAAAGUUUUUAUUAUUUUCAUUUGUACUGCCCUUGUCUUCUAAUAAUGAACUACGUUGUACCGAGCUGAUGGAACGGAUUUCUUUGUCCAAAACAUUUCUUUUAUAACCUCUAUCCAUAAGCUUUUUCUUAAUAUAUAGUGAUUGGGUCCUAAAAUCCUGAGGAUUAGAGCAAUUACGUCUGACACGUGUAAACUGACUUCUAGCUAUGCCCCGUAACCACGGUUUGUGGUGACAGCUACGUUGGUGUACGUAGCCGUUACCAUCUGUGGGUUUGAAGAAACAUUUGGUCUGUAUUUGUUCUUGAUCACAGAAAAGGACCAGGUCCAAAAAAUGAAUUUCAUAUUUAUUCCAGUAUGGAAUAAAUAUGAAAUUCAUUUUUUGGACCUGGUCCUUUUCUGUGAUCAAGAACAAAUACAGACCAAAUGUUUCUUCAAACCCACAGAUGGUAACGGCUACGUACACCAACGUAGCUGUCACCACAAACCGUGGUUACGGGGCAUAGCUAGAAGUCAGUUUACACGUGUCAGACGUAAUUGCUCUAAUCCUCAUGGUGCGUGGAGUAAUCCUGUAAGGCACAGUAUUGUGAAGCGAUAGACAGGCAAGAGUAGAGGAAAUAUAUUUUUAUAUCUAUUCACUGAAAAGCAAUUCUUUUAGAACAAUGCAUUAGUCCUUACAUACAACACUCAGCCACUACACACACUCUCGUGCACAUAGUCUUUUUUGGAUCUGGCCUACACAGGCUAUUUGUCUGACUUGUUGUUCAUUCUCAAUUUUCUCUUGUGCUUUGUUUUGAUUUGUUAGCAAAUGUCUUAGGUUCCCCACUAGAUGAUAGGAUAAUGCAGACAUGGACCCCAUGCUCACAAUGCCUAAAGAGGUGUCGGCUACAGUACACUGACAAGGGUCGGUGAUGAGUCAAAUGAUUGUCUGUGGUUGCUGAAUUUCUCAUGCAGAGGGACCUAGCCAUGAUUUCAGAUCUGGACUGCUAUUUAGAGUGGGAUUAAUCUGAUAUCAAAUGGUUCAGCGUCUCUCUGUAAUGGCAGUUGAGCAAAACAUUAGUUUGAGAAUGAAGCAGGAUCCCAGUAAAGCGAAAACUAAUUGAGUAGUCGUUGCACUCUUUUUUGGUUUGCUUUUUCAUAAAUACAUUACUAUAUCAGAAUAAAAUCUAUUUUGCGUGCUCUAGACCUAUUUCAAUAUGCAGUUAACCUGCCAUACUGUUUGGAAUGGCCCAAAGUGAAAACAAUUUAAGAGAUUUGUGCUUCAUUUUAGGUAAAUAACCAUUGUUAACAUUAAGUAAGAAGUAGUGCUUAUUGACAUUACACACACAUUAACCAUAACAUGCUAAUACUGUUAAUGGUAAAACAGCUAUGGAUCAAUGCAAUCAGUAUGACUAUAUUUCCAAAGUAGCGUUUAUUAUUUAGCUUUUGUUGUUUUUUCAACUUGCUUUCAAAAACCAUAGUUUUCAUGCUGUUUUAACUUAAGAAAGCUACUCUUUCAGCUCCAUCGCAGUGCCCUCCUGUGUUGGCAAUCAACCGUGCAGCCCACAGCCCCUCCACUAUCCAAAGUCCUCCCACCAGGCACUGGAGAAUUCACUAUCAAAGAAAGGUUAACAACAGUGGCAUGAGAGAAAAUAGGAGAAAAACAUACAGCCUGUGGGAAGUACUGACGCUGGCGGAUGCAGUGAGGGCUGCUUGAUUGAGUAAAGAAUGGAUUUACAAAUGGGCACAUGCUGAUUGCAUUGAUCCAGCACUGUUUUAUGUCAAUAGUAAAGAGUGUGGGUAAAUUAGUAAGUUCACAUCAUCUGAACUCUGUAAAUUUUCUAUCUAAUAAAUAUGGCAACCUUAUUUAUAGGAAGCAAUGGGUUUACAAGACAAUGCUUAAUGAGAUAAUGCCCUUUCUAGAAAAUCUUGUAUAUCUUACUUUUUAUACAUAGUUACAUAGCUGAAAAGAGACUUGUGUCCAUCAAGUUCAGCCUUGCUCACAUAUGUUGUUGCUGUUGAUCCAAAAGAAGGCAAAAAACCUAGUCUAAAGCGCUUCCAAUUUUGCCACAAACUAGGAAAAAAUUCCUUCUUGACCCUAAAAUAGCAGUCAGAUGUCUCCCUGGAUCAAGCAGCUAUUACCCCACUAAUUAGAAAUUAUAUGCCUGUAUGUUAUGUUUUUGUAAGUAUUUAUCCAAUUGCAGUUUAAACAUCUGUAGUGACUCCAUAUCUUUAUUGCUCUUACUGUAAAAAAAACUCUUCUUUGCCUUAGAUGAAAUCUCCUUUCUUCCAGCCUAAAUGUGUGACCUCGUGUCCUAUGUAUAGCCCUGUUUAUGAAUAGAUUUCCAGAUAAAGGUUUGUACUGGCCACGAAUAUAUUUGUAUAAAGUUAUCACAUCCCCUCUCAGGCGCCGUUUUUCCAAACUAAACAGAUUUCAUUUUUUUAACCUUUCUUCAUAACUAAAAUGCUCCAUUCCUUUUAUCAAUUUUGUAGCUCGUCUCUGGACUUUUUCUAGUGCCAUGAUAUAUUUCUUUAGAACAGGCUCCCAAAAUUGCACAGCAUAUUCAAGGUGUGGUCUUACCAGCGAUUUAUAAAGAGGCAAAAUUAUAUUUUCAUCCCGAGAAUUUAUGCCCCUAUUUAUACAUGACAAAACCUUACUGGCCUUAGCAACUGCAGAUUGACAUUGCAUAUUGCUGUCUAAUUUGUUGUCUAUAACAAUUCCCAAAUCCUUCUCGUGUGUGGUUAUCCCUAAUUCACUACCAUUUAGUGUGUAAGUUGCUUGUGCAUUCUUAAUCCCGAAAUGCAUAACUUUGCAUUUCUCUACGUUAAAUUUAAUAUGCCAUUUUAGUGCCCAGUCCCCCAAAUCCAAAUCUCUCUGUAGCAAAGAAAUAUCCUGCUCACAGUUUAUUACUUUACAAAGUUUCGUGUCAUCUGCAAACACUGAUACAUGGCUUUCAAUGCCUAUUUCAAGAUCAUUUAUAAAUAUGUUAAAUAGAAGUGGUCCCAAAACAGAACCCUGAGGGACACCAUUUACCACUUUUGUCCAGCCUGAAAAUUUACCAUUACUUACAACUCGUUGUACUCUAUCCUUAAGCCAGUGUUCUACCCAAGAACAAGAAUAUUCAUCUAGACCAAUUUUUUUUAGUUUGAAGACUAACCUAUUGUGAGGAACCGUAACAAAUGCCUUGGCAAAAUCCAAGUAGAUCACAUCCACUGCAACACCCUGAUCUAUACUUCUACUUCUUCGUAGAAUGCAAUUAGGUUAGUUUGACAUGACCUAUGUUUCAUAAAACCAUGCUGAUUAUUGCUAAUAACAAAGCUCUUCCCAAUGAAUUCAUGAAUAUUAUCCCUUAAUAGCCCUUCAAAUAUUUCCCCAGUUACAGAAGUUAAGCUCACAAGUCUAUAAUUUCCAGGCAAGGAUUUUGAACCCUUUUUAAAUAUAGGAACAACAUCUGCCUUCCUCCAAUCCUCCGGUACAACACCUGAAACAAAAGAAUCUUGAAAAAUUAAAUAGAGGUUCACUUAUUUCCCCACUUAGCUCCUUAAGUACUCGUGGGUGAAUACCGUCAGGCCACAGAACUUUAUUUACCUUAAUUUUCUUUAAAGCUGUAGCACCUUGUCUCGAGUUAUCCAAUCACAAGUUAUUUGCAAGUUUUUUGCAACAAUCAUUUGCAUAUCUCUUGCCAUAGGAUCCUCAUUAAUAUAUACUGAAGAAAAUAGUUAUUUAAAAUUUCUGCUUUUUCCUGGUCUUCAUUAGCUAAUAAACCCAACUCUGUUUCCAGUGUACCUAUACUUUCAUUUUUUGUUUUUUUAGAAUUGAUGUACUUGAAAAAAUGUUUGGGGUUGGUUUUGCAUUCUUUAGCUAUCAAUUUCUCAUUUUCUAGUUUAGCCACUUUAAUUGCCUUUUUGCGUUAUUGGCUUCCUUAUAUCUUAAAUAGGAUGCCUCUGAUUUGUCCGAUUUAAUGCUUUAAAUGCCCUUUUCUUAUUUUUAAUCUCUUGUUUUACUUUUCUACUAAGCCACAUUGGUUUUUAAUUUGUUUCUUUUAUAUUUAUUACCCAAUGGUACAUACUGAGAAAUGUACCUUUCUAAUAUUUGUUUGAAUAGUUUCCAUUUAUCCUCAGUGUUUUUAUCACUAAGGAGUUUAUGCCAGUCGAUAUGUUGUAGAGCUGCCCUAAUCUUAUUGAAAUUGGCUUUUUUUAAAUUAUAUGUUUUAGUAUACCCCACUUGCUUUUGAUUUUUUGAGUUUAUUUCAAAAUUUACCAUAUUGUGAUAACUAUUUCCCAAAUGCUCCUCUACUUGAAUGUUGGUUAAAAGAUCCACAUUGUUUGUUAUGACGAGAUCCAGACAAGCAUCCUUUCUAGUUGGUGCUUGUACCAGUUGUGACAUGAAGGUGUCAUUUAACACAUUCAAAAACCUGAUUCCCCUUGCUGAAGUACUAAUCCCUCUAUCCCAAUUUAUGUCUGGGUAAUUAAAAUCUCCAAUAAUUAACGUGUUACCUUGAUUUGCAGCUUUCUCAAUUUGCUCUAACAGCUGUUCUUCCUCAAUAAUAUUUACAUUAGGUGGUUUAUAACAUAUCCCAACCAAUAAUUGAUUUCCCUUUGUUUGCCCCAAGCAGAUAUCUACCCAUAAAGCCUCCACAUUUUCCUCGUCACACUCCACAUGCCUAAGAUUUGACUUUAACUCAUGGUUGACAUAUAAACAUACCCCACCACCCUUCUUAUUUUUCCUAUCCUUCCUAAAUAACGUGUACCCAUUUAAAUUAACUGCCCAGUCAUGUGUCUCAUCCCACCAUGUUUCUGUUAUGCCUAUUAUAUCAUAUUGUUUAGUGUAUGCUAUUGCCUCUAGUUCCCCAUUUUGUUAUAUAGGCUCCUUGCAUUAGUAAGCAUACAUUUAAUAUUAUCAUGAGUCUUUUGUACUUUUUGUGAAUUAUCAAUAUUACAUACCUCCUCUGUUCUGAGCUUUCCCCUCCCCCUAUCUCCACCCCCUUUGUUCUGAGCUAAAGCCCAUCUCCUUUCCAUCCUAUCUCUAUUUUCUAGAUUGCUUUGACCCUCCCCCCCACCACAAGUUUAAAAUCUCCUCCAACCUUCUAGCCAUCCUAUUCCCCAGCACAGCACACCCUCUUCCGUUUAGGUGCAAUCCAUCAUGACUAUACAAGCGCAAAAUCGGCCCAGUGCUCUAAAAACCCCAAACCCUCUUUCCUGCACCAAGACUUUAGCCACGCAUUGACCUCUCUAAUCUCCCGCUGCCUUUCUGCUGUAGCGCACGGCACAGGUAAUAUUUUUGAAAAAAUUACCUUGGAGGUCCUUUUCUUUAGCUUAUAGUUUGAUCAAAAUGAGUGUUUGCAUGUUUGUUGAUAAAAUGGUACCCAGGCCCCCUUCUACCAUGCACAUAUUGCACAUAGUUAUAUAGUUUCUAGGUUUGAAAGAGACUAAAGGCUCAAGUUUAACCAUGAAGCCUAAUUUUUAUAUUGUUUAUUCAAAAGAAAGCAAAUUAAAAACCAUAAACAUCUUACCACGUGUCCUCUACCUAUUUCAGGCGCUCUCUCUUUGGAUCCCUACAGUGUACUUCACAUCCCUCCGAUCGUUAAUGAUAAAUUACAUGUGGGGCUCCCAACGCCCUAAACAGCUAUACCAGAUAUUGACGAAACCAAAAACGGAAGGGGGGUUGGCAGUUCCUGAGUUUCUCUUAUACUACCAUGCAACCCACCUGCAAAGGGUGAUGGAAUGGGCUAAGGACUGGGUGGCUAAGGGUAGACCAUACACAUGCGUCUUGCCUCAAUGCCAGGUCCAAGUUCGUCACAUGUUCAGAGGGCGUAACCUUAGGAAACUGGACCUUCUUACACAAACUCAAAUAUGAACAGUUGAGCAGGUUCCUCAAGCAGAUCCCACAACAACCUGACUUACAUAGGACACUGACCUCUUUUGAAUGACAAUGCACUGACCCUCGCCCUGACCCGCAGCCAAAUGCUGUAUCCUUAUUGUAUUCCUCACUUCAUACACAAUUGAACAUCCGAGCUCCUGGUUACAUGGGGAAGUGGGGGAUCGCCCUGGGGGAAACCUUUACAGUAAACCAAUGGGGGAAGAUCUGUGAUUUGGUACAUCACUGCGUGCUAGCUAGCAAAACCCAAGAAACAGCAUUUAAAGUCCUUACACUCUGGUACAGAAUGCCUCACCUUCUCCAGAGCAUUGAUCCUGCUCUGGAUGGGGACUGCUGGUGAUGGCUGAACUGCACUAGACAACUUCCUGCACAUCUGGUGGGACUGCCCUAAAAUUAGGCCCUUCUGGUUGGUGAUUAACACAAUCCUACAUAAAUUCUCUGACAACCUCCCACCCUUCUAACCAGCCCAUUUUCUUCUACAUCACACCACCACCCCAACAGCUAUAUACAAAAAAAUUAAUGUCCAUCCAAAUCUUAAACUUAGCUAAACAAGUAGUCCCUCUCUACUGGAAAAAAGAGACACCCAUUCCCAGUGGCGUACACAUGACCCAUGGGGCCCCGGUGCCAAAAUUGAUCUGUGGGCCCCCCCACGCUUACUCGGCGCGGUUCGGGGCUGCAACACAUGGCGGCGGGCACCUGGUCGCAGGGGUUGCAGGGCUGCGACCCCGCGACCACGGUAUGCACACACACUUAAAGGACCACUACAGACAACCAGAUCACAUCAGCUCAAUGAAGUGGUCUGGGUGCCAGGUCCCUCUAGUUUUAACCCUGCAGCUGAAAACAUAGCCGUUUCAGAGAAACGGCUAUGUUUCACUGAGGUUAAUCCAGCCUCUGGUGGCUGUCUCAUUGACAGCUGCUAGAGGAGCUUCCGCGAUUCUCACUGUGAAAAUCACAGUGAGAAGACACUGAACGUCCAUAGGAAAGCAUUGAGUAAUGCUUUCCUAUGGGCGGUUUAAAUGCGCGUGCGCCUCUUGCCGCGCAUGUGCAUUCGGAGCUGAGAGGCCAAGGGAGUCCGACCCUGGAGAAAGGUAAAUGCUGAAGACACACACUCUCACGAACAGACGCAUACACACUAGCUAACAGACACACAUAUUUACAGACAGAGACACACUCAGCGAUAGACAUACAUACACACUCACUUACAAAACAUACACUUUCACUGACAAACACACACUUACUAACAGACAUCAAACACACUCAGUAACAGACACACACAGUAACACACUCACUAGCAGACACACACCCAAUAACAGACACACUCACUGACACACACACUAACACAAACACUAACACACACACUAUCACACACACACAAACACUAACACACACACACUAACACAAACACUAACACACACACAAACACACUAACACACACACAAACACACACACACACACACACACUAACAGACACACAAACACACACUCACACACACACUAACACACACUUUUUUUUAAAUUUAAUCCCCCCAGCCUCCUUACCUUUAGGGAUGCCGGCGCCGGAAGAUGACGUCAUCUUCCGGCUCCGGUAUCAGUGCGGUGCACGAGGGAGCUGUAGAGGAAGCACUCAGGGGAGAGUGCUCCCUCGCGCGCCGGCCACCCAGACAGCCAGCCCGCCGGGUGUCAGCAGGGCCAGCCUCGGGGGCCCUGAGGUGGCCGCCUCCUGGGCCCCCCAGGAGAAGAGGCUGGCCCUGUGGGUACAUACCGGGUCGCAGGGGUGGCCGGGCCCCCUGGUGGGCUGGGCCCGGUCGCAGCCGCGACCCCUGCGACCCUGGUAUGUAUGCCACUGCCCCCUCCGCUGACAUUGUGGUUCAAUAGAAUGGAAGUGCUGAGACAGCUCGAAUAACUGACAUUCAUGGCCCAAGGACACACCCAGACUUAUGCAGACAUCUGGACUCAUUGGCUGACAGUCGCAUAUCAUGUAUGUCCUGCUGACAUACAGGACUGAUGGCCCGGUGGGAUGAGUGGUCAAGGGUUGAACAGGGAGGAACAGAGGAGGUCCUUUUAUCCUAACAUUCCAAAUUCCAAUUGGUGGGGUAUCCAAGCCAUGGGAGCAGCAAGGGAAGCCUCUAGUACAGGCUAACCUUGUGGUUAGGGAAUUAGCUAGACAGACACACAAACAACCUGUUAUAAUCUGAGGGAAUGGUUCACCGGAACGUAGAUCACUCCUGAAUAUAUAAGAACGUUUAACUUGUUUAUUAUGCUACGUAAUUGGAUUGUGGACGUCACAGUCCUUGUUUAUCUCUGUUAUUUGCUAACCCAGCCCUUCGUGGCUGUCAGACAACUGUAACUUGGGAAAAAAUGGUCUAACUGUGAACUCUUGUAUAUUACGUGAUUGUUUCUGCUUAAUGAACAGUGACCAAUAAAAAAAAAACAAAAAAAAAACAAUUGUAGCCAUUUCCAAUUAUGCCAUAAAAAGGGAAAAAAAUUCCUUCUUGAUUCCAUAAUGGCAAUUUAGAUUUCCCUUUGGAUCAACAACCAGUUUACAUACAUAUCAGUUAUAUCUUUGAAUAUUCUGUUUAUAAGAAAAAAGUAUCCCAGCCUUUUUUUUUUAGAACUAUCUAUAGAAUCUGAUAAGACAACCUCUUUAGGCAGAGAAUCUUUACACCUUUAUUGUUCUUACGGUAAAGAGCCCUUUCCUUUGCCAUAAGUGAAAACACCUUUCUUCCAGUCACAGUGGGUGACCUCUUGUGCGCUGUAUAUUCCUGCUAAUAAACAGGUUAGCUCAUAGCAGUUUGUAUUGGUGUUGUAUAUAUUUGUAUAGUGCUAUCAUUUUUUCUAAAGAAAACAAAUCCAGUCCUUUUAACCCCUUAAGGACACAUGACAUGUGUGACAUGUCAUGAUUCCCUUUUAUUCCAGAAGUUUGGUCCUUAAGGGGUUAAAGGAUCACUAUAGUGUCAGAAAAACAAAGUGGUUUUCCUGACACUAUAGUGCCCUGAGGGUGCUCCCACCCUCAGAGUCCCCCUCCCGUGGCGCUGAAGGUGUUCUCUCCUCCCCGUCCGACGUCAGCUCCCUAGUGGAGCGUAAUGCGCAUGCGCGGCAAGUACCGCACGCGCAUUCAAAGAGUCCAUAGGAAAGCAUUUCUCAAUGCUUACCUAUGGACGCUCUAAGCGAUGGAUGCGAAAUUCGUAUCCAGCGUCGCAAAUUCGCCUCUAGUGGCUGUCCGGAAUACAGCCACUAGAGCCUGGAUUAACCCCAUAUGUAAACAUAACAGUUUCUCUGAAACUGCUAUGUUUGCAUCUGAAGGGUUAAAACCUGAGGGACCUGGCACCCAGACCACUUCAUUGAGCUGAAGUGGUCUGGGUGACUAUAGUGUCCCUUUAACCUUUCCUAAUAACUAAUGUUGUCCAUCCCCUUGCUAAUUUUGCAGCUGCACUUUUUCUAUUUCUACAAUAUCCUUCUUUAAAACAGGUGCCAAAAUUGCACCGCAUAUUCAUUGUGGGAUCUUACCAUUGAUUUAUGAAGGGGCAAAAUUAUAUUUUGAUCACGUAAAUCAAUACCCAUUUAUCUAAAUUAAACACUGUAUUCACUUAACAGCAGACCGGCAUUGCAUACUGUUGCAUAGUUUGUGAUCUGUAACUGUUCCCAAAUCCUUUUCAUUUAAUGUUAUCACUAACUCAAUCCCAUUUUAUGCUGUUAAAGUGGUUUAUCCACACUUAUCCUUUAUAAAAACCCAGACAAAUAUGUUACAUGCUAAGUGGCAGAUUAUUAUAGUGAAAUGUUUACGUAAUAGACUAAAAAAGUUGAGUUGACUAUUCUAUAUUUUGCUAAUGUUUUGCUAGAUGUUAAUUAAAACAAAAUAUGGAAUGUGCAUUUCUGUGUGUGUGAGUAUGUAUAGACAUAUGUAGAACAUAAAUAUAUGCUUUGAUAAAUCUCUGACUAUUUGGAGAAAUACCACGUUUCAUGUUUUUCAGUUGUUUAACAAUAAAGACAGCAUGUCUGAAACAUUACUGUAAUUCAUUUUUACAGGCCUUGCGAGAGCCAAGUCCGUGCCCACUAAAACAUAUUCCAAUGAAGUGGUGACACUAUGGUACAGACCCCCAGAUGUCCUUUUGGGCUCUACAGAGUACAGUACACCCAUAGACAUGUGGUGAGUGAAGGGUGAUAAAGGGAGACAAGUGAUUUCUAAAAUGUACAACUACUUGUGUCAUUCAAGGAAUUUACAAUCUUAUAUUCGCUAUCAUAUGACACACACGAUGGCUACCAAUGAGCUCUUAAUUAUGUCUGUUUGAUUGCAAUCUAACUAUUUUCAUACCAUUUUUACCAUUAUCUGGUGAAAAAGGAUUCUAUCCCUUUCGUUAAAGGACCACUAUAGUGCCAGGAAAACAUACUCGUUUUCCUGGCACUAUAGUGCCCUGAGGUGCCCCCACCCUCAGGGUCCCCCUCCUGCCCGGAUCUGGAAAGGGGUUAAAACUUACCUUUUUCCAGCGCUGGGCGAGGAGCUCUCCUCCUCUCCGCCUCCGAUCCUACCCGUCGGCUGAAUGCGCACGCGCGGCAAGAGCUGCGCACGCAUUCAGCCGGUCACAUAGGAAAGCAUUCAUAAUGCUUUCCUAUGGACGCUUGCGUGCUCUCACUGUGAAAAUCACAGUGAGAAGCACGCAAGCGCCUCUAGUGGCUGUCAAUGAGACAGCCACUAGAGGAAAUAGGGAAAGGCUUAACCCAUUCAUAAACAUAGCAGUUUCUCUGAAACUGCUAUGUUUAUGAAAAAAUGGGUUAACCCUAGCUGGACCUGGCACCCAGACCACUUCAUUAAGCUGAAGUGGUCUGGGUGCCUAGAGUGGUCCUUUAAAGGCAAGUUUUGGUGAUCACAACCUUGUUGCAGUUUAGUUAUCAACACUUGUUGGGGACCAUGAAACACUUUCAACAGUACAAAUCACUUGAAUAUACAUUUUCUAACAAAUAACCAUAACCCCAAAUUAUGUUAUAUUGUAAAUAAAACACCUUCCCUGAACAGACAGCAUUACCUUAAUCCUUAUUAACCAAUUACACUAAUUAAAAGGCAAAAAAGCUCUGUUACUAAAAUCUAAAAUAGAAAGAUCAAUAAUAUAAAUGCACAUGCACACAAUAUCUGAAAAGUUAAUUUAGAGGUACCUUAAAGGACCACUAGUGCCAGGAAAACAAACGUGUUUUCCUGGCACUAUAGUAUUAAUAGGUCAUCGUGUGUCCCCCACCCUCAGGGUCCCCCUCCCGCCGGGCUGAAGUGGGAGGAAGGGGUUAAAUCACUUACCUUUCUCCAGCGCCGGGCUCCCUCGGUGCUGGGGACUCUCCUCCUCCUUCGGACGUCAUCUGCUGAAGGCGCAUGCGCGGCAAGAGCGGUACCCAGACCACUUCAUUGAGCUGAAGUGGUCUGGGUGCCUAUAGUGGUCCUUUAAUGAAAUUCACACACUGUUCUGAUUUAGCAUGGAGCAUAACACCUUAAAUCAGAACUAUCACAUCUUUGAAAAUCACCUCUAACUUGUGUUAAUGUUUUUUUUAAUGUAAUUGGAUCUUUUCUUUUAAAUUAUAUAGAGAUUUAGCAAAUUAUAUGACAAAUCCAAUUCAGUGCAGACAAGGCACUCAAUACAAAUGAUAAAAACAGAAACAUAGUAUUCAUUUUUCCUCAACUCUUCCACUACUUAUGUUCAAUGGCAGUAAAGGGCAAUCUUUCUAAGAAAGAUCGAUGGGGUGCACAGCUCUAAAUGUGUAACAAUAAAGAUGUUACUUGAAUGAAAUUGUUGGAGAGGUUUUUUCCCACCAUAACUUUAUUCAUGAUUAACAAAAAUAUAAAAAGCAAAAUAGGGUGCAGGGUGUGUAGCAGCAUGCACUGUCUCUGAUGGGCAGUAUUUCACAAGAAUUAAAAGUGCUAUAUUUUUAUCAGUGUGAUUUAGUCCUAUUUAUAUUUUUAAACCCAUAAAAACUUUAUAGGUUUUCGAUCAACUCCAAGCAGCAAAAUCAUUUAUAGGAACCAAUGGGUUUAUGAGACUAAGAACGGAAAAUGCUUAAUAAUCUGAAAUAAUGCCCUUUUUAGAGAAUGUCAUGGAUCUUAAUUUUUGUAGUUUGAUCUUCAACACAUUUUACGUGAAAAUUAGUGUUUGCGUGUUUGUUGAUAAAACAGUACCCAUGCCCAUGCCCUUUCUACCACGCAAAUAUCACACAUAAUUACAUAGUUGUCUAGGUUUGAAAGAGACUUAAGUCCAUUAAGUUCAUCCAUGAAGCCCAAUUUUUAUGUUGUUUAUCCAAAAGAAAGUAAAGUUUAGAACUGUACAGGCAUCAAUCAUAAAUCUUUUGCGAAAAUAAACUUUUACUGCAGUAAAUUUAAGGGAUUGGUAUUUUACUCACCCUGGUGUGAAUUAAAAGAGGCUUAUUAAAUUGUAUCUAUGCUUUUCAUAGCAAUACCAUGAAUAUGGGUCUUUCUUACAGGGGAGUUGGCUGCAUCUUGUAUGAAAUGGCUACGGGAAGGCCUAUGUUUCCUGGUUCCACUGUAAAGGAAGAAUUGCACUUAAUUUUCAGGCUGCUAGGUAAGACUGCACUAUUCUAAUUUACCACUGGAUGGUGCUAGAGCAUGCAGUUUAACCAUGGAUGGCUUUAGAACAUGUUUGAUCUGAAAUAUUAUAUUGAGAUUUCUCUUGUUAUCAAGUAUCAGAAUAAAAAAAUAUAUUAUUAACAUUAUCAAUGUAAUAAUGUAUACUUUAACAAAAAUGUAUUUCUUUAUUUUGAGUGUGCAGAUGGGCUUACACAAUUGAAUAGAGAUAUUUGGUGCAUAAUAAAAUGAGCGAUUACAGACUGAUAAUUAGAGCACUGAACACUGAGCACUCCUAACAAGCUGCACAUUUUUAAGGGGUAAAGUAAUAAUCAAGAAACACAGGCUAGUCAUUAGUGAUAAUGCUCUAAGAAGAUAGGUAAAAAUGCUUAAAACUGGCUAAACGUAAGGUUAGCUAGACAAAAGACAAAGGCUAUUGGUAUUAAAUUAAAUGCUAAUAAUGAACAUGCUAGACCACCGGGACUGCACUCAGUAUCUUUUUGGUGUAGCUAUAUGAGUUUAUACAAAUAAAAGGAAAAACAGCAGGUCAACAUAGACAGAGAAUUAUGACAGCUAUGUAGAGAGCAGGCCUCAACUAGUCGCAUGGUAGGUCAGACGAAGUACAUGGCAUCUGCUGUCACCAUAGCCGUAUCUGGUCCGGCUCCGUUCCGGCAUUUCCAGUAUGCGGAACCGGCUCCGCCCCCUUUCUGACGCGGCUCUCUCACGCUUUAUAGAGAGACCGCGCCAGAUUCAAGAGGCUUGGUGAUUUCGGAUGUUACUUCCGCAUUCAACGCCGGCUAUGCUUCUCUUCGUUCCUAACGUGUACCGAACCUUGGAUUGUUGUAACACUUCCGCAUUCAACCCCGGCUAAGCUUCUCUUCGUUCCUAACGUGUAACGGAUUGUUGUAACGGACUUUUGCCUUCUCAUUGCCCUCUGACCACGGACUGUAUUGGAUUUACCGGAUCUCUACUUAUUUCCUUGUCAAACAUCCUUUGGACUCAAUCUAUUCAGUUCCAUGGAGGACAACUCCCAUAAAUCUUAAGUAUACAAUUUACUUCUAUCUCUGAAGGUUUACUUAUUAAUGAAUUUUUACUUGCUUGUUAUAACCUGCAUUUACUAAAGCAUUAUUGCAAUCAUUAAAGCCUUUUCUUUUCCACUAAUUGCCUGCAACCUCCACCUUGCUUUAAAGCUACAGUAACCUUAUUAAUUUAAAGGAUUUCUCCUCUUUUUGCUAUUGUAAUUAAGGAGUUUUACAUGCUACAGUUGAGUUCCAAAUCCAAAACCUCUUGUGACAUAACAGAAUCACCAAGCCUUAAACAUGAAACCAGCAGAUGUGAAUUCCCAAAUGAUCUAUUUAACCCAAAGAGUAGACAUGCUCACUCAAGGCAUGCAGGAUUUGCAAAUUGCUAAUGAGAGACUUUUUUCUUAUAUUAGAGAAAUGCAAAACAAGGUCACUCAUUCUUCAAGUGACCCUGCUGUCUGCAGCCCAGAGAAGUUUUUUGGAGAUCGUUCCAAAUAUAGAGAAUUUCGGAAUUCUUGUAAAUUAUUUUUUACUCUUAAACCCAGGUCAUACCUCACUGACAGAAUUGAAGUCUGUUCAAUAAUAUCCUUCCUAAGGGGAGAACCUAUGUCCUGGGCACAUUCCUUCCUGGAAAAUGAGGAUCCCAAUAUGGAUUCAUUAGAUGAUUUUAUUGAGGCAAUGUCACUUCUCUAUGAGGACCCAAAUAAACAAGCUACUGCUGAUCUUACUAUUAGAUCUAUACAGCAAAGAAAUCGACCUGUAGAAGAUUAUAUAGCUGAGUUCAAACGAUGGGCUUUGGAAACCCAAUGGAAUGAUAUAGCUCUGCGCAAUCAGUUCCGUCUAGGAUUAUCUGAAACAGUUAAAGAUGAAUUAUCUAGAACCACUCUCCCUCCAACGCUUGAUACAUUAAUUCAAAUCUAUAUCAGUAUAGACUGAAGAAUCAGAGAACGUAAAGCAGAGAAAGCACUCACUAAUUCACUUUGGAAAAAAACCCAGUCCUCCCAUACGAAUUCCUAAUAAAUCCCUGCAACCAACUGAACCUAUGGAAAUUGGGUUUACUAGGGGACCUCUGUGUAUUGAAGAAAAAAACAAGAAGGAGAGAAUUAAAUCUCUACAUGUAUUAUGCUUCGAAUGAACAUCUUUUACAAGAAUGUCAUCUAUUAAAACGCUCUAAGGGAGGUAAGGCUAGAAUUAAUACCUCAAUACUGAAAACCCUUCCCUCUUCCUCCUCUCAUCAGUUUGCUGUAUUUCUAAUUUUACAGUGGGACAAAGAAAGAAUCAAGACUGAGGCCAUUAUUGAUUCUGGAGCUACGGGGGUGUUCAUAGACUCUUCAUUUGUGGAAAACAAUAAAAUUCAUUGUGUGCAAAAAACAUCUUUUGUCUCUAUCAGAGUUAUUGAUGGUUCUUUAAUACCCUCUGGUCCCAUAAAAAAUGAAACUAUUCCUAUUUUGACAACUAUCAACCAUAACCAUUCAGAAUUUCUCGUUUUUGAUGUUGUGAAAUCCCCCCUUUUUCCAAUCAUCGUGGGUAUCAACUGGUUACAAACUCAUGAUCCCCUCAUCCGUUGGGCUCCCUUCUCUCUCUCCUUUGAAUCAGAUUACUGUAAGGAUAAUUGUCUUCCACAGAUUCCUAUACUUCAAUUAAGUCAAGAAAAUUGAAUACCUAAACAAUAUUCGGACUUCUCUGAUGUUUUUAGUAAAAAAGAAUCUGAAUCCCUUCCUUCUCAUAGGAUAUAUGAUUGUCCUAUUGAUCUCAUUCCUGGUGCUCCCAUCCCUUAUGGUCACAUAUACCCUCUUUCUGAGAAGGAAUUAGGAACCCUUAAGGAGUACCUUGAAGAAAACCUCCGUAAAGGAUUCAUACGUCCUUCUACCUCUCCUGCUGCUUCCGGGAUCUUCAUCGUAAGGAAUAAAGAUCAAACUAUACGUCCUAUAAUUGACUACCGUCCAUUAAAUAAAAUAACUGUUAAAAACCGUUACCCUCUACCUUUGAUUCCUGAACUUAUUGAAAGAUUAAGAACGGCAACUAUCUUCACCAAACUUGACCUCAUAGGGGCUUACAACCUAAUUAGGAUAAAGGAAGAUGAUGAAUGAAAAACGGCUUUCCGUACUAGAUAUGGCUUCUUUGAAUAUCUUGUAAUGCCAUUCGGACUCUGUAAUGCUCCUGCUACUUUCCAACAGUUUAUCAAUUAUAUUUUCAGAGACCUCUUAGACACUUGUGUCAUUAUUUAUCUAGAUGAUAUUUUAAUUUAUUCUGAUAACCUUAAAGAUCAUAGGAAGCAUGUACGCUGUGUACUAUCCCGUUUAAGAAUUCACAAACUCUGUGCUAAACCAGAAAAAUGUUUAUUCGAAGUUAAAGAACUCAACUUUCUUGGCUAUGUUAUUUCACCUCAUUCAAUAAGAAUGGAUGAUUCUAAAAUAAAAUGCAUUCUUAAUUGGCCAAUUCCUUCCUCUACCAAAGAUGUCCAAAGAUUUCUUGGUUUUGCAAAUUUUUAUAGGAAGUUUAUCAAAAAUUUCUCUGAGAUAGCUCAUCCUCUCCAUAUCCUUGCUGGUAAUAAAUAUCCCUUUUGUUGGAAUAACCACACCCAAGAUGCUUUUGAUGCCUUAAAAGGUAGAUUUACAACUGCUCCUAUAUUACAUCUUCCAAAUCCUUCAUAUUCUUAUGUCCUAGAAGUAGACGCAUCUGAAAAUGCUAUUGGAGCGUUUCUCUCUCAACAAAAGACUCCUCAAGAUCCUCUCCAUCCUGUUGCUUUUCUUUCAAGAUCCUUGACCUCGGCCGAGAAGAACUAUCCUAUCGGAGAAAAAGAAUUAUUAGGCAUAAAAGUAGCUUUUGAGAAGUGGCGUCAUCUUCUAGAGAGAAAUGAAAUUCCUAUCAUUGUCUAUACAGAUCACAGGAAUGUUGAAUACCUCCAUACCAACAAAACAUUAUCUUCCAGACAAAUAAGAUGGAAUCUUUUUUUUGAUCGUUUCAAUUUUCAAAUAGUCUAUAGACCUGGAUCUCGUAACAAAAAGGCUGAUGCUCUUUCCAGAAUCCCCUGUAAUCCUUCCUCAGAAGAGAAAGCCUUCUCUAUAUUGUCAAACAAUAAAUUUAUUGGACUUACAUCUACCAUAUUGGACGAACUGAAACAAUUAUCUCUUGAAGAACUUGAAUUACCCUCCACUCCUAAAGUAUUCAAAAAGGAUGGAAUCUUUUAUUUCAAAAAUAGGAUUUAUAUUCCUCCAAAACUGCAGAACAAACUUCUAAAAUUAAUUCAUGAUUCUCCACUUGCUGGACAUCCCGGGAUUAAAAAGACAAUUGAACUCUCAACUAGACAAUAUUGGUGGCCUCGUCAAGAUAAAACCAUUGAAACUUAUGUUAAGUCUUGCCCUGUUUGUCAAAGAUCCAAAGCUGAACAUCACCUUCCUUACGGAUUAUUGAUGGGGUUACCAGUCCCUGUGAAACCUUGGCAAUCUAUUUCUAUGGAUUUCAUGGUGGAACUCCCUCCUUCACAGAAAUACACCACCAUACUUGUCGUUGUAGACCGUUUCACGAAAAUGUCACAUUUCAUUUCCUUAAAAAAGUUACCUACAUCGUCCGAACUUUCCAAAGUCUUCAUAGACAAUAUAAUCAAAUUACAUGGAUUCCCCGAAGAAAUCAUCUCAGACAGAGGUACCCGAUUCACUUCGCGAUUCUGGAAGGAACUUCUGCAUACCAUCCUCAAACCAAUGGCCAAACAGAACGAGUCAAUCAAUGUCUGGAACAAUACCUUCAUUGUUAUUGUACGCAUUUACAAGAUGAUUGGAUUAGUUGGUUACCUAUGGCUGAAUUUGCCUAUAAUAAUUCCAUACACUCAAGCAGCAAGAUGACUCCAUUCUUCUCAAAUUAUGGAUUCCAUCCCUCUCUGUUUCCCGAUGACCCAAAGCAACUUCUAACCCGAUGGUCUCUAUUCAAAAUACUGAAAUGUCUUCAUUGUUUAAACAAUUAAAGAAAAACCUUGAAAGUUCUAUGGUCUUGCAUAAAAAGAAUUAUGAUAUUAAAAGGAGAGCUACUCCUAAAUAUAAAGUUGGUGAUACUGUUUGGCUAUCUUCAAGGAAUAUUUCUACAACCAGUCCUUCAAAGAAACUGAGUCCUCUCUUCCUUGGUCCUUUUCAAAUUGAAUCCGUUAUUAACGAAAGCGCUAUGAAGUUGAAACUCCCUCCUUCGCUUAAGCUUCAUUCCAUUUUCCAUGUUUCCAUUCUUAAGCCUUUUCUCCCUGAUCCCUUCCAUAGAGAACAACUGUCAAAACCUGACCCCAUCAUAGUUCAAGGUGAAAAGGAAUAUGAAAUAGAAAAAAUUCUUGACUCAAGACUUCAUAGAGCUACCUUACAAUAUCUUAUCAAAUGGAAGAGUUAUGGGAUUGAAGACAAGACGUGGGAAGACUCUUCUGAUGUACAUGCAAAAAAGUAGAUUUCUGCCUUUCACAAAUGUUACCCCGAUAAGCCAAUGUAAUAGCACCCUGAGUGUGCUCCUUAGGUGGGGGGUACUGUCAGGCCGUAUCUGGUCCGGCUCCGUUACGGCAUUUCCGGUAUGCGGAACCGGCUCUGCCCCUUUUCUGACGCGGCUCUCUCACGCUUUAUAGAGAGACCGCGCCAGAUUCAAGAGGCCUGGUAAUUUCGGAUGUUACCUCCGCAUUCAACGCCGGCUAAACUUCUCUUCGUACCUAACAUGUACCGAACCUUGGAUUGUUGUAACACUUCCGCAUUCAACGCCGGCUAAGCUUCUCUUCGUUCCUAACGUGUACCGAACCUUGGAUUGUUGUAACACUUCCGCAUUCAACGCCUGCUAAGCUUCUCUUCGUUCCUAACGUGUACCGAACCUUGGAUUGUUUUAACGGACUUUUGCCUUCUCAUUGCCCUCUGACCACGGACCGUAUUGGAUUUACCGGAUCUCUACUUAUUUCCUUGAAACCGGACUGUUUAUGUUAAACAUCCUUUGGACUCAAUCUAUUCAGUUCCAUGGAGGACAACUCCCGUCAAUCUUAAGUAUACAAUUUACUUCUAUCUCUGAAGGUUUACUUAUUAAUUAAUUUUUACUUGCUUGCUAUAACCUGCAUUUACUAAAAAAUUAUUGCAAUCAUUAAAGCCUUUUCUUUUCCACUAAUUGCCUGCAACCUCCACCUUGCUUUAAAGCUACAGUAACCUUAUUAAUUUAAAGGAUUUCUCCUCUUUUUGCUAUUGUAAUUAAGGAGUUUUACAAGCUGCAGUUGAGUUCCAAAUCCAAAACCUCUUGUGACAUAACAAUGUAGCUCUUAGGCAGCUUUUCCAGUGUCAGGAUCAGACGAUCCCUGUGAGUGGCAUGGUUGGUGUGUAGACAGGAAUGUCCAUGUGUGUAAAUGUGGAGCCGUGCCAGAGCUGGGCUCUUCUCCAUCCCAUGGAGUGUGUGUGAGCUUGCACUGUCGUUCCACAGUCUUGGGCUCUAUUGAGGGCCAAGUCCAUUCCACCUUGGGGACACUGCAAUUCCCACCAAUCUGGUAGCUCCAGACACAGUAAUUCAUGUCACUGAAGGCUUUGGGCAACUUUUGAUGUUGUGGAUACCCCCUCCAUGGGUGAGAGAUGAGCACCGGGGUAAAUCCCCUCAAGGCCCUCAACCUGAGAGUGUGGUAUUGGGCAGUUGAUCGUCCGGAGCCUGUAUGCGGACGGGAAGGUCGGGAUCUCUGCUUUGGAGGCUUGUGUCUGGAGGUCUUCCAUGAAGCCAGGCCUGGCUUGAGGCAUGUUUUAUCAGACGGUAAGUGUUGUGGCUCGUUUUCAUGCUGUCCCCUCUCCUCAAGCUGCUUCUGACAGCUGUUUAGCUUUAGCCAGAAGUUUGAGAAUAUUUACUCUAGCCGUGCUAUUGUUGUCACCAUCAUGCUUCCAGCAGGGGAGGUAAGAUGUGCGUCCGCCAUAUUAGGACGCAUUAUAAUAUAGGCCCCGAGUUCCUCGGACGCCUGUGGGGACACGCUUCCACCAGUGGUUUAGCUAGUAGUUGGAUCUCCCUCACUGGCAAGGUGGGCUUAGGGUGCCCAGUCGUGUCCACUUGCUCUGACAGUGGCAGCAACAGGGAGAUCGGCCGCCUCUCCCCUGUCCACCUUCGCAGGUGGGCUGCAGUAGUUGCAUCAGUUUUAGACCACCCCGUAUUGUGACGGGAAGCUGUAAAAGUAGGCACAGUAGGUAGUUGGUCGUCCCCAGUAUCACCAAUGCUAAUUUUCUCAAGAAGAAAGUCAGUAUAUUUAAUGUUUUUUCUGUAUUUAGAUACAGAGCCGGGUGGCGGGGCCGGGCCGCUAUGCUGACCGGUCGCAUGCAAGAGAGGCUCCUGAGGGACUCAGCCCUAUAAGCUGAAAUAUGCGGCUCCUAAGCUAAACUGAACCCGGAAUAAUGACAAAAACAUUACAUGGCUGUUGGUGCUGCAGCAGACCCCGAGAUCUGGAGUUUUUGGAGCCCGGUAGGGCGAAAAAAGACUUUGGUGUCUGCGGCCUAAUCGAGGAAGGAGCGGGGUGGACGGCCGCCAUUUUGCUUUCUCCCCCAGCUAUCACACACCGGCUCUCUGAUGUGGUCCUGUGGUCUCCCGCACUCUGUAGCUAAAAUGGCCGCCACCUAAGCUUCCACAAGAACGCCCGCGAUGAGCAGCCUACAGGCGGAACCCCUACGAAGGCUGUGAAAGGAUUCCUGCCUCCACUCACGGGCUUCACGGUAAAGAAAGCCCUACAGCUGAAAGAGGACUUUUGGCAGCACCCACCCGCAUCCCAGCACAGACGCUCCGGCAACCACUCACCCAAGCCAAAAUCCUUGAGCAGAACAAACCUCACAUUGUCGCCUGACACCUGAGUGGACACACCCGCGGACCCUGAUGCCGACUCCAGCUAGAGCUAGAUCGGAGAAUGCCAGAUAAGAGCCUGUGCUGCAACCUGAGACAGGCAGAGCAGAGAUGGCUGGGUUUAACAUUGGGCUCAGAUGCCUUUUCCUAUAAUGCUUAGCCAAGCCGGUAGAGGGAGGCGGCAGAGGGGUGACCCAGACCAGCUAAACAGUAAAUGAGCCCUUCUCAUUAACUCCUGCCUCCCUAUAUUCCAUGACAAGUCCCCAGUGGCAUGCUAACUACUCUCUUACCUAAUCUGUUUACUACUCCUCAAUUUAGAACAUGCUUAGGCUCCUACAAGUGUUUUUGUAUAUAAUAUGCAAGAUUGAACCUACAAUGCAUGACUUACAAGCCUAGUGUAAAUUAUCUAGCAAGCCUGCUAUUCGACGUUUACUCUCAGUUUAAAUUUCCUUAACUAUUUUCAAACGUACAAUACUCUUGACAUGUUGUGAUUUCCCUCUGAAACACUGCUUGUGCAAACUAACUGACAUGUUACUGCUCAACCAUAAGCUAAUGUAAUGCAAACAAACACUCUUCUUAUGUUAAUCCAACGUAUUUCUGAAUGUUUAAAAAAACAAAAACAAAAAAUGUGCUGUUAUCUGAACUGCCAUACUAACGUUUAUCAUACUGUCAUAACUACACUUGCCAAAGCUUUUGUGGCAAGGCAAGCGUGUACCAUUAACCUGCGCACAACAAAAUAAAGAAUAAUUUUUUUUUUAAAAGAUACAUAGCUCACAUGAGGUGCGACCAUGCGGUAUGGCGGUGUGGCCUUACCCCCAAUAAUGUAUACUUUUAAUUACCCAAUAUGUGCAUUAAUAUUAAUUAUUUAGCAGAUGUUUGACAAAAAAGAUUGUGUUACUUGUGUUUAGAUUAGGUGUAUGUGAAUAUAAUACCAUUUCUGUCUGCAGGAACCCCCACAGAAGAGACAUGGCCUGAGAUAUCUGCUAAUAAAGAAUUUAAAGCAUAUUGUUUCCCACAGUACAGACCUCAACCUCUAAAAAACCACACACCAAGGUACGGUACAUCAGCACAUUAAAGGAACAUCCCAAGCACCAUAACCAUCACAGUAGGUUGUAGUUGUUAUGGUGCUAAGAAUGUCUUGGCACCACACUGUAACGGUUUGACUUAACUGAAAUCAUGAUCUAUGAUCCGCACCUUCUUCUACGGCCAACAGAGAGCUGGAAGCUCUUUUGGUGGUGCAGGUGGGGAUCAGCUGACGCUGUCAGCCAAUGAGUUGUCCCUGCACAGUAGGUGCUUCCAGCUCUCCAAAUUACAAACAGGAGGCAUGGAGCAGGUCCCAGCGGUCCCCAUGUAUGAAGUCAAAUCGUUCUAAAACUGUUUGGCUCCUUCUCCUUACAAUGGGAUCGAUGGUUUAUAGUGUUUUUAAUGUUCCUUUAAACAUAUUCUUUCAUAAGAUGUGAGCUAGAGAACCAUAUCUUUUUGCCUCUAUAUAUAACUAUAUGUAGUUCAAUGUAUAUGCUCACUGUAUUUGACUACAAUAACAAUUUGUACUAUGUUAACCCCUUAAAGACAGAGGCAAUUGUCUGAACCAAAGUUCUGAACCAAAACCAAACCUGGAAUUUGUGAUAUAUGUCUGUUUAUAUGCCCUUUAGAAAUCUCAGGGUCCCCUAAAAUAAGAAUUGUCUGAGCCCCCUCUCGAUACAUAUUCCUUACAACUCACACAUAGAUACACACAUAAACGUUAAAAAAUACACACUCUUCAAGAACAAACACAGCAACACACUGCUGGACACCCAUACACGUGUAUGGAGGCUGUUUGUGGUGUUGCAUGUGUAGGAGUGGCUGUUUGUGGUGUUGUAUGUUUGUAGAAUGCUGUUUGUGGGGUUGCAUGUGUGUGGGUGGCUGCUUGUUUUGUUGAUUGUUUAUGGUAAUGCUUUUGAGGCUGUGUGUCACAGUCACACACUCAUGAAUGCACAUGUAGAGAUGGGUUCACACAUAUACAUAAAGGCACAGGAAAGCAGACAAAUACAGACGCAUUCAUAUAUUCACAUGCAUAUAAAGGCAGAUAGACAUUCAUGGGAUGAUCCGCCAUCCCUGCAGCCUAGCGUGUUCAGCAAUGUCUCAUGAGUGCCCUGCCAUGAACAAGCUUUUUUUUUUUUUUUAAAGUUACAGGGCCAAAUACAAGGCUUGCAAAUUAAAUUCUCUGGAAUUUCGGUCUGGGUUGUCGUGCAUGUCCCAAUAUAUAUAUAUAUAUAUAUAUAUAUAUACAUAUAUAACUACACUUGAAUGAAAUUAUAUAAAUAUUUAUAUAAAAUUUUAUAUAUACCGUAUAUACUCGAGUAUAAGUCGACCCGAAUAUAACUUGAGGCACCUAAUUUUACCACAAAAAAACUGGGAAAACCUAUUGACUCAAUUAUAAACCUAAGGUGGGAAAUGCAGCAGGUACUGGUAAAUUUCAAAAAUAAAAAUAGAUACCAAUAAAGUUACAUUGAUUAAGGCAUCAGUGUCGUACUGGGCAAGAACCACCCUGUUUGUUCUCCUCACCUCCCCCCUGUUUGUUCUCCUCACCUCCCCUUCCCUGUAGCGUGGCCGAGCUCUUCUCCGGUCCGCGGUACAGGAGUUUCUGUUUCCUGUACCUGGCCGGACUGAUAGGAAGUGCACACUGAGUGUGCACUUCCUAUCAGUCCGACCGGGUACAAAAAACAGAUGUUCCUGUACCGCGGACUGGAGAGGAGCUCAGCUACGCUACAGGGAAGGGGAGGUGAGGAGAGAGGCAGUUCUGCAGUCACCUGAGGCUCUCUAUAGAGUGCUUAGGCGGCUGCAGCAUUAACAGGGCUGGCGAUGGGGGUGCAGGGCGCCCCCCCUAUUUCGCCUUAUAGGAAGCGCCGGCCCUACUCACUCGAGUAGAAGCUGAGCGGGGCUUUUUCAGCAUAAAAUAUAUAUAUAAUUUAUGUAUAAUUAUUUGGUUUUAUUAAUUAUGUGCCUGGCAAUUGAGGCAGAGCCAUGGUAGCCAAUCAUGCAAUCCAGUGGAUCCAAGUCAUGUGAUUGCGGUGUCAUAGUGAUCACAUGACUCAAAUCGGCUCUAUUGGCUGCAGAGUGUUGUAAGUAUUUAGACUGGAGGGAGGGCCCGAUCAUUAGGGUGAGUUAUGCCGGCCUAACGGUGUCUAAGCCCUCCUUUUGUAGGACGGCAUAGCAUGUCCUUAUUUUGUGAAAAGGCUAAUAUGUCAAAAUCUGUGGCCAAAAAUAGUUAAAUAUGGUAUUGAUUUACACAGUAGUGGCCUGUAUUUAAGAUGUAAAUAGUUUUUUUUUGUGUGUUUUUUUUUUUAGACUGGACUCAGAAGGUAUUGAUCUAUUGAGCAGCUUACUGCUGGUAAGUGAGCUGAGAAAAUGUGUUAAAGGGACACUAUAGUCACCUGAACAACUUUAGCUUAAUGAAGCAGUUUUGGUGUAUAGAUCCUGCCCCUGCAGCCCCACUGCUCAAUCCUCUGCCAUUUAGGAGUUAAAUCCCUUUGUUUAUGAACCCUAGUCACACCACCCUGCAUGUGACUUGCACAGCCUUCCAUAAACACUUCCUGUAAAGAGAGCCCUAUUUAGUCUUUCUUUAUUGCAAGUUCUGUUUAAUUAAAGGGACUCUCCAGGCAGAGGAUUUUAUUCAUCUGGUUCCAGCGCCGGGAGCCUCGUGAAGCUGCGCCCCCUAUUUCGUCAAAAUGACGAAAUAGGCGGGCGCGAGCAGGGAGCAAUCAGAUGCUUCCAUAUGAAAGCGUCAUUGCUCCCUUGUGCGCAUUCGCAGCUUCGCCGCACAUGUGCACAUUCAUGCCACCCUCUGAAGUCUUGAGUGUACAUUCAUGCCGCCCUCUGAAGUCCUGAGCGCACUACUGACAGCUCAGCUCGCGGUCUUUGCCCACCCCCUCUCCUCUGCUGACAGAUCCGUCUGAUGUGUACAAGGCCUUUUUAGGGCCCUACAUGAUAGGAAGUCCCUCUGGUGGCCGUCUGAGUGACGGCCACUGGAGGUAUUCCUAUCAAUCAAUGUAAACACUGUAUUUUCAGAGAAAAUACAGUGUUUACAUUAGAUUGCCUGCAGGGAGCUAUAGAUCUCACCUGAACAACCUCAUUAAGCUGUAGUUGUUCAGGUGACUAUAGUGUCCCUUUAAGAUUUUCUUAUCCCCUGCUAUGUUAAUAGCUUGCUAGACCCUUCAAGAGCCUCCUGUAUGUGAUUAAAGUUCAAUUUAGAGAUUCAGAUACAAUUAUUUAAUGUAAAUUACAUCUGUUUGAAAGUGAAACCAGUUUUUUUUUCAUGCAGGCUCUGUCAAUCAUAGCCAGGGGAGGUGUGGCUAGGGCUGCAUAAACAGAAACAAAGCGAUUUAACUCCUAAAUGACAGUGAAUUGAGCAGUGACAUUGCAGGGGAAUGAUCUAUACACUAAAACUGCUUUAUUUAGCUAAAGUAAUUUAGGUGACUAUAGUGUUCCUUUAAGAUUCUUCAACUCAAUGCUUUUCAUUUUAUUCAUCUAAAAUGUGGUCAGCUGUGCUAGGGACACAGCUUGCAGCUCUGAUAUAUACAGUCCUUACAUUUUGAAUAUUCAUGUUUUAAACUUUAUCACAUGCUAGAAGCAAGAUUGUAUGCACAUUUAUCUUGUUCACUUGUUAAAUAAAAUAAUAGCUCAGCUGGUAAAUACCUCCACCAUUAUAUCCCCUUAGCCUUAAGACAGUAAUGCUGGUAAAUAAUACUGAUCAAGGAACAGCGCACACAGACAUUUUUUUUUUUUUUUAUAUGUGCGCAGUUCUUCAAUCUGUAAAAUGUAAGGAUUUUGGUCUUUAGCACCAUUCCCCAAUUCCUUUUUGUCUUUACUAAGUAAUACUGGUAAGGUCCACUCACAGGAAUCUCAAAACAUCACAUGCUUGACAAUAUCAGGGAUAUAUCAUAUAUAAAACAAUGUUGCAAAACAUUGCUUCAUCAGCUACUGAUUGCUCUUUCUUAAAGGGACACUCAAUUGUUAAAAAUACUUUUCUUUUUAACAUUAGAGUUAUUCUUUAUGUGUUAGAUUAAUGCCCCCCAAGUGUGGCAAUUGCUGCACAGCACUAAUCCGAUGCUUCUCAUAGAGAUGUCUUCACUUCUGCUGAAUACAGUAGGUCACCUACCACCUGUCCUCUUGAAAUUUGAGCAGUAUUAUGUUUUUAAAAGUACCAGUUGUUCUAGAAACCUUAAAAUAUGUACAAGGGGACAUUUAGUUAACACCUAAAGCGGUUCAGGAAUUGUUCUAGAAACCUUAAAACAUGUACGAGGGGACAUUCAGUUAACACCUAAAGCAGUUUAUGGAAUGUCCCUUUAAUCUAAUAUUUUCCAAAAAUAAUAGUGUCAAUUUAUAUGAGAAAUAAUUGAAUCAUGGUAUUUCUUCUCUUUUUACAGUAUGAGCACAAGAAGCGGAUCUCAGCUGAAGAAGGUUUCAGACACCCUUAUUUUAAGAGCCUCGGCGAGAGAGUACUUACCCUACCUGACAGUAAGUCCUUCAUGGUAUCUGAAUAAGUGACAUACUAAUAUUAAUUAACGACAUAUUAAUGUAUAAUUAUACAUCACUAUAUCUAUUGAAAAGGAUUUAUCAAGCCAAAUCAGGCUCUAUUCUGGGGUCUAAAUGUUGAGAAACGUUCUGUUGGUUUUGCCCCACGUGUUUUAUCCUUGAUAUAUCUCCCAUACUAUGACGAUUAGAUACACUUGUUUGUUUACUGUAUCUUAAUAUGAUUGCUAAACCUGUGCGUAUAUGUAAACUUUGUAUUCAUUGUGUUUCAUUUGUUCCACUCCUCCUCUUUUAAAGCCUAUAAUCUAUAUUCCAAUUAAUUUAAUUUAAGACGAGAGAUUUAACAGUGACUUUUUAGAGUGGGAUUUCCAAAACAUGAUAAUUUUAAAGUAAUUGGACAAGGACUAAGUGGGUUAAACGAGCUGGUUGAAGCACAGAUGUGUAUCUUUUCAUAGUUACAUUAAUUAUAGACUAUUGCACGUCAGUUAGAUGGUUAGUAACUCAUGUGGGUUUGCACCAAACUAGAAUUGACAAGGGAAGUUUAUUAAAAAAUAGCAGUUAGGUUAAUUAAUCGAAAACCUUUCCACUUCAGACACUUUGGUCUUAAGUUUGCAUUUCUGGUUCUAUGAAUAAACCCUCCGGGUAUUAUCUGUUAAAAUGUGUAUUAUUACUGUUGUAGCACAGCCAUUUUUCACACUGUUGAUGGCUUACUUGUUUACCUGACAGCUGACUGUCACAAUACAUAUAACUGAUUUGCAACUAUUCUAUCUCAUGUGUCUAAAAUUCCUCAUUUUAAUACCAUUGUAAGACCUAGAACAUUCUCUAAUUGUUUUACAGCUACCUCAAUCUUCACUCUUAAAGAAAUUCAGCUUCAGAAGGACCCAGGUCAUCGUGGAUCGAUUUUCCACCACACAGGUACCACCUAAAAACCCAUAUCUGAUUAAAAUGAUACACAGAGGGGCUUGAUCUUGUGGGUGAUGGAUAGAAGAUAUCAUAAAUGAUCAGGAUACAAUAUACAUUAUAUAAACAAAAGUAUUAGGACACAUAAAGUCACAGAGUGGGAUCACCGAGUGCUAAGGUGCAUGGUGCAGUGCUACGGAAUUGCUGGCACUAUAUAAACAAUAAAAUAAUAAUAAUGGUGCCAACGCUCUGCUGAUUCCAUAGCUGAAGAGUCCCUAACUUCGACAGGCAUUAAUAUCAGAAGAAAAACUGUGUUCACCAAGUAAAAUGUCAAGCAUUGUGUAAUGUAACUAGGCCCUUUAUUUCCUGUGAAGGAAAACCUUAGUGCUACUGCAUACCAAGACUUUUUGGACAAUGCUAUGUUUCCAAUUUUGUGGGAACAGUUUGAGGAAGGCCCUUUUCUAUUCCAGUAUGACUGUGCCCCAGUGCACAAAGCGACGUCCAUAAAGAUACAAUUGGAUGAGUUUAGUGUGGAAGAACUUGACCGGCCCGCACAGAGCCCUGGCCUCAACCCCAUCGAUCACCUUUGGGAUAAACUGGACUGAGAUUGUGAGCCAGGCCUUCUCGUCCAACAUCAGUGCCUGACUUCACAAAUGCUCUACUGGUUAAAUGGGCAAAAAUGGAAACAGAAACACUCCAAAAUCUUGUGGAAAGCCUUCCCAGAAGGGUGGAAGCUGUUAUGGCUGCAAAGGGAGCAUCAUCUACAUGUUAAUGUCUAUGUAUCUAGAAUACAAUGUCAUAAACAUCCCUGUUGGUGUAAUGGUCAGGUGUCCCAAUAUAUUUGUCCAUAUAGUGUAUUUUAUUCCUAUAGAGAAGAGUGCAGCCAUAUUAAUCUGUUUCUCGGUUAGUAAGGCAGAGAUACUGAUAUCUAUUUAAAGGGAAGAGCCUACUAAUUUUUCCUACAAGAAAGCCUUCAACAUACAGUAUAACCUGAAAGAUCUAGAAGCUGUAAGAAUAGGUCACUACUCCUACACCUUACUAGGUCUGCCUGUGUUGUAUUUUGAAGUUCUUCACAUACUGGGAGUACUACAUAUAGAUAGGUUUACUACGCACAAACAAUCAGUGAUAUAUACAGUUUAUUUACAUAAUGAAAUGAUCUCUUCUCUCCACAGCCCGUGGGAAGACCAGAAGACAGAGUAUAUUUUAAAGCAAAACAGAAUUGUGACUCAAGAUAACUUUUACUUCUCUGCUACUGAGAUGCCUGCACUUUGAGUAUUAACUUUAAUUGAAUUAAGCUGCAGAGGACCUAGUGCCAAAUGUACUGUUUUUUGUAGGGACCAAUGUAAGGUGCAGGGACCAGAGGAAAGUAAAACUCAAUAUAUCGCUAUUCACACCCCACAAAUGCCUUAUUAACAUUUCCAUACAAGAAGGGUAGACUAAGCUAAAUGUCACCAUUGCCCUAAGUGCACCUGUCUUUUCCUUUUAAUCGGAGGUAGAAUCCAUAGCAAUGAAUUAUACAAAGCUAUAUCCUGUAUCGCACUUCCUAUCAAAGUGGCUCACAGAACCCAACUUUAAUUUAGAUUUUUAACAUCCAAUUUUGGACCCAAACCCAUAAAACAAACUGUUUUACCUCAAAGAAAAACGGUGUUAUGUAGAGCACAUAUUUAUAGAUCUCUCUUGUUUUUGGGGUACGUUUACAUAAUUCAGAGGUAAAAUUUCUAUAUCACUCACAGCCAUCUUAGUUUUUCUUUACAACAUGUUUCUUUACCUUUACUAACUGUUAAAUCAUUAUUAUAUAUUUUGGGGAUACAUAGCUCCUUAGGAUGAAUGCUAUCAAGCUGUGGAGGUCAGGAGCUGUAAUAAGAGUAGCAUAUGAGUUACAGUGGCUAUGGUGCUGUGGUGCUCCCUCAUUAUAAGGAGUCAAAUUGUGUUAGAAGCCGCCCCCCACCUCCCUUUACAGUUCAGUGAAAACCAGAAGCUCCUAUUCAGCGCUCCUCAAACUUGACAAAAAUAUGCAGAGUAUGUUCAUCCAAUCGGAAAUAACCUUUAUACUGAACUUAAAUAAUAUUGACUGCAAACUGGUUUUCCUUUUAAAGAAUUAUGUUCAAAUACAUAAUUUUGUUCCAACUACCUGUGCAUACGGAGAUCAUCACCAUUGUCGCACUCCUUGUUAGUGUAGGCUGAGGUUCUGUACUGCUAGUCUAAAACUUGUGUAUAAAAAACAAAUACAAUUCAUAAGAGGCACAUCCUAUCACAUAGAUGCAAGGGUAUAAGAAUAUUUAUGGGCUAUAUAAGUGACUCAUUCAUUUAGUUUGAUGUGCCCCCAAACUCUUGUGAACUGGAUAUUAUUUAUUAUGAUGUUAUUAAUUCAAAGCUUAAUUAUGAUCCUUGUUAUCCAGGAGGCUUUAGUAAGUCCAGUUGUAUGGAAAUGUGCAUUAAAGUGUAUUAUAAUUUACACAUAUAAACAAGCAAUCAUAGGACUCCUUUACAAAAUAGGUUUGCCAUUGUACAUGAUGUCCUGUGGCUUCUUCUGCAAACACACUUCCUUAACUACAUUGUACCCUCCUCUCCCCUAAGGGUCCUGCACUUUAUAGUAGCACUUCCUGAGUAUAUCUUAGAAGUCUCCUACUGCUGCUCUCCUGUCUUAGAAGAAAGAGUGAGUGUGCCAUGUGAUGAAUUGCUAGUUUUGCAUUAAUCUGAUGUGAUCUAAUAAAAAAAAAAAAAACUGUAAAAGUGAAAGAGUGAAAUAUAAACUUAUAAUGUGAGUCUCCUGAUCUCUAAGUAUAGAAGUGUGGGGACUACAGGAAGACCUCCAGAACUCCACUCCCCCAAACCCUAUUCUGUGCCUGAGAAUUAGCAGCGCUGCCUGAUUGUGAUUAUUAAUGGUUUGUAUCAUAACAAAGCAGCAAAGUAUAAUUGUGAAAUGUGUUUGUAUGCGUGUAUGAAUAUAUAUAUAUAUAUAUAUAUAAAUCUAUAUAGCUAUAUAUUAUACACAGUUGUGUGCUAAACGCUAUUAAAAAAAAACUGUUUGACUUUCCGAAUGAACACUAUAGAAAGAUGUAAUAUAUUUAUAUAUACAUAUUUAAAGUUUUAUUCUUAAAGAUUUAUUAAUUUAAAAAAAAAGAAACUUCAGGAUUCCAAAGUGAAAACUAUGACUUAGAUUUAUUGAGCAGUAUACAGAAAUACAUGUCUUGUGCUGCAAACCCUAUGUGAGAAUGAACAGGUGAUUUAUUUAACGUCUGUAAUAAUUCUGUACUUGAUAAUAUGACUCUAGAAAAUAAUAUGUUUGCAGGAGUUUUUUUUUUUUUGUUUCCCUGCCGUGUAUAAAUCUAAGCUUUUGUUUUCAAGAGAAAUGCUUUUACUGAAACGAUAUGACAGAGAUUGUACUCCAAAAACUCCACACAGAAUGUUUUCUACUGAUAUUUAGAUUUUUUUUUUUUGUAUUUGACAUUCUGUGAUGACCUCUAUUGACAUUGCAUAAAAAUUAUUUGUGAACUGUGAAUGUUACAGAAUAAAAUUGAAAUAAAACAUUAUUUGCAGAAUGUGCAUGGAUUGCAAACAAAAAAAAAAUUGCUUUUCAUUCUCUUAAUCAUAAAAGCGAAUUGCAACUGAUUGUUGGAAGACAUACUUUUUCCUGUGUAUUUGCAGUGACAGGCUUAUUUUACAUCUGAAGUAUUUGAAAAAUGUUUAUACAAGAUUUAUAUACUUAUUAAAGAAUACUAAUCUCAAG